AAUCAAUCCGGGACCCGUCAUUCCGAGCGCCCACUUUUUUUUUUCUUCUUUAUUUGAGUUGUUUAGAGCUCGCAAUCGUCCUCGGCAGCGCAUGCACGAGCAGCGAUGCGAGACCCCGGUCGCACUCCACAUUUGGUAGUGACAAUCACGCCGGCCGGCCGUCCUCUCCACCUCUCCAUUCUCUCCUCUCUUCUCCCCGCUGCAUUGAUACAUACAUCCGUCCGGAACCCAUACGCUGCACCCACACACACUGCGGCCAGCAGCACAGCAGAGAGGGGAGAGGGGUUGGGUGGGGGGAUAAGCUUUGCCGACACCACACUGCAUCCCUCGGCUGCCUGAAGCAAGCAAGCGACCGCUUCGUCCUAGGCAGCGCGUAUCUGAGCUGUCGCUGAUGGAUGAUAGAUAAAGCGGUGGAGCAGGGUGAGAGGGAGGUGCUCCUCGUGGUUACCAUCGCCACCAUGGCCGUGUAGUGUACAGGAGCACUGCAGCCCGAAGCCCGGAAGAGGUUUUUCAGAUACAGAGAGAAAGAAAGAGAAGGGGGUGGGCACAGCGCAGGCAGGAUGAAGUCGAGAACUGCGACAUUGGCGGUCGGCAUCCUCCUCCUCGUCGCGCUUGUGGUGGUGGCGGAAGCCGACACCGACGCCGGCGAUGUCGCGGCCUUGGGGAAUCUCUACAGCUCCUGGAACAGCCCGGCGCAGCUCACCGGCUGGUCCGCCAGCGGCGGCGACCCCUGCGGCGCUGCGUGGGCGGGUGUCUCCUGCUCGGGCUCCGCCGUCACCUCAAUCAAGCUUUCUGGUAUGGAGCUGAAUGGUACUCUGGGUUAUCAAUUGUCAAGUCUACAGGCUCUGAAAACAAUGGACUUAAGCAACAACCACUUGCAUGAUUCAAUCCCUUACCAGUUGCCAUCAAACCUUACCUAUCUGAAUCUGGCAAAAAAUAACUUCUCCGGUAAUCUUCCAUACUCUAUAUCCAACUUGGUUUCACUUGAGUACCUCAAUCUCAGCCACAACUCGUUAUUUCAGGAAAUUGGUGAACUAUUUGGAAGCCUCAAUUCACUUUCAGAACUAGACGUAUCUUUCAACAACCUCACGGGGAAUCUUCCUUUCUCAAUGGGCGCUCUGUCGAAACUUUCUAGCCUUUAUAUGCAAAACAAUCAACUAUCAGGCACAGUUGAUGUCCUCAGCAACAUAAGCCUUGCGACACUAAAUAUUGCAGACAACAAUUUUAGUGGCAUGAUACCUCAAGAAUUCAGCUCAAUUCCAAAUUUAAUAGUUGGAGGAAACUCAUUUGUCAAUAUGCCUGCCUCCCCGCCAUCAACUCUGAAGCCACCUCUGGAGGAACCUCAAGGACCCGUUAGCGCUCCAACUAGCCCUGAUACCCCUAUUGAUCAAGACGACAGGAAGAUACAGACAGGUCCUCUUAUAGGGAUAGCUGUUGGCUCAAUAGCUGCUGCCUCAUGUGUUCUUUUCGUCUUGGUGUUCUGCCUCCACAAUGCACGCAGAAGAAAUGACGAUGAGAUCAGCGAACCAAAAGAUCUUGUGGGUUCUCUUGCAGUAAGCAUAGAAACAGCAGCAUCCAGUAGGGAAGUCCUGAACAACAACCAUGAAAAUAGUGCUGUAGCAACUUCAGAUCUCCAACAUGCUGGGAAGAUGAUGAUGACUCCGGACAGAGUACUGCAUGAUACGACGAACGGUUCUUCUACUGCCAAAAGGCCAAAGGUUCCUGUGACGGUGACUUCAUAUACAGUUGCUGAUCUCCAAGUCGCUACGAAUAGCUUCUGUGAAGACUCUCUCCUAGGCGAGGGUUCGCUUGGUCGUGUUUACAAGGCUGGUUUUCCUAAUGGGAAGGUACUUGCCGUGAAGAAGGUAGACGACAGUGCCUUGCUGUCUCUGUAUGGAGGAGGAGAAGACGCCUUCCUUGAGCUGGUCUCGAACGUUUCUCGGCUGAGGCAUCCGAACAUCGUGCCCCUCACAGGCUACUGCGUCGAGCACGGACAAAGGCUUCUCGUGUACGAGUACGUUGGGAACGGAACGCUGCGUGAUGUGCUGCAGCACUGCUUGUCUGACGACGAGGGGGCGAGCAAGAAGCUCACGUGGAACACCCGCGUAAGGAUAGCGCUAGGCACCGCUCGCGCCUUAGAGUACCUGCAUGAGGUGUGCAUACCCCCAGUGGUGCAUAGUAGGACCUUCAAGGCAUCUAACAUCCUGCUUGAUGAAGAGUACAGCCCGCAUCUAUCUGACUGUGGGCUUGCUGCUCUCACUACUGUGGUCUCCCCGGAAGCGGUUGGCUCCUUUGGAUAUAGUGCUCCUGAGCUCGCCAUGUCAGGAACAUACACUGCAAAGAGCGACGUGUACAGUUUCGGAGUAGUGAUGCUGGAGCUGCUGACAGGCCGCAAGCCACUAGACAGCUCCAGAGAGAGGUCAGAACAGUCUCUCGUGAGAUGGGCAGCCCCGCAGCUCCACGACAUCGAUCUCCUCGCCAGGAUGGUCGAUCCGGCGCUGGACGGGCUGUACCCUUCCAAGUCCCUCUCCCGUUUCGCCGACAUCAUCGCCAUCUGCGUCCAGGUACGUACGCGCGUUCUUUGCCGCUAUAGCUGCACAAAGUCCAUCUCGAUCUCUUCUGUGGGAAAAAAGGCUUGUUUUUUUGUUUUUUUUUUUUUUUUUUUUGCAGCCGGAGCCGGAGUUCCGCCCGCCGAUGUCCGAGGUCGUGCAGCAGCUGGUGCGCCUGAUGCAGAGGGCGGCCAUCAUAAGGCGGCAAUCGGACGAUCUGGGCUACUCGUACAGGGUCCCCGACCGCGACGGCGGCGCAGCAGCAGGCGACGUCCUCUGACUCUGAGAGGCUAGGAGGAGACCCAAGUUGGUUCACGUUUUGUUUCCGUCCGUCACCUGUAAAUGACAUUUGACAUGUACUAUAGGGUUCGGAGUGUACCUGGACUUUUCGUCAGCUGCGAGUGUCAUGUAUUGUGUGCGCUCUUGCAAGUGGUAGAUAUAUAGAUAUAUUUGUACUACUUAUUAUGAAGGUAAGAGUAGUCUGCCUCCCUUACGUUC